CAGUUAUCCCCGUCGGACCACCCGACCGAAGAAGACAGACCAUCCGCUCUUUCUCAUCACAAGCGGCAAUGAAGAUGCCUGGUGACCUCGUGACCGCGGCCGUCCUGCUGGCCGUCCUGUGCCUUGUCGUGUCGCUAGCCGUGGAGGAUGCUGCCAGUGACCUCUCGCUCUUCACUGAUGCACAGAAGCGCGCGGGCAGGAGACGUCAGAGGGACGAACCAUUCAAGGCCGGCUACUUGUUCGGCAAGAGGUCCCAGUGGUCAGAAGGGGGGUCUUCAGGGCUGAUGAGGACGCUGGCUGGCACGGUGAUGUCAGUAGAGGAAUUCACUCAGGCCAUUCAGCAAGAUUCAGAACUCGCCACCCACGUCGCCCGAUACUUGGACAGAAAUGGCGAUGGUUACGUGUCUGUCAGCGAACUACUGUGACGUCAUCCUCCAGGCUGCACGUGCUCGGCAGACACGUGCCUCAUCUGUGGGGAGUGCUACGUCACGCGCCUUGACAUCCUGCUGAACCAGGAAACACCGUGCUUUCCUCUACACCAGCUGUUCCGCUUCUAAAGACUCUUUGAAAAAAAAAAAGAAGAUAAAAGUCACAACGUUUCCCUUCUAAAAAUGUCUUCAUUAGCAGAUAACGUUGAUGAUUCCUAGAAAACUCGUAGAUAAGCAAGGACAGCAUUCAAGCAAACGAAAUUUGGUUUUUUACGCAUGACAAACGUUCGCUGUUACUAAAACCAGUUUUUUCACACGAUGACUAAAUUUUUCUCAUUGAAUAAAUGCGCAUUUUCUGGUAGUUUCAGACAUAGGAAUAACACUGUCUGCUCUUCAUUAAUUACAGUGAAAGACAUGGCCAUCAGGGAUAACACCCUCAAAAUCCAGAAUUUUUUUUUUUAAGCAGCUAUAAAGUAACAAAAUGUCACAAUUUUCGGUAUCAAGAACAUUUAUGACAUACGUACUCUGUGAAUGCUAGCCACUAAUUAAAACACCGAAGAAGAAAAAAGUAGCUUUGCUCUUUUUUUUUUUUUUUUACUGAAUGGCACGUGUACAUAACAUGGUAUUUUGAUCCUUCUAGUUUUAUUUGCGAACUAUAGCUAUUGUCCCCUCUUUUCCGUUCCUUUGUUUUACUUUUUCUAUUUCAGUAAAAAUACCUAUUUCCCCACCGGUAAGUCUAUGAGGGAAAUAAAUUUCUUGAAACCGUAAAACCGAGGUAGUCAUUAAUUUUUCAACAGCAUCGCUUCAGCCGCUCUUUCCCUCGCCCAGAACUCUUCUUUAAGAGGACGCAAGACGAUGACGCACGACUGUCAAGCAGCGAGAAGGUUCCAGAACGACUCUUUAUCCGCAGGUUUUAUUCCACUGCUGCGCCAUCAGUCCCAGGCACUAGGAAACUCAUAUACAUCAAAGUAGACGUCCGCAGAGCGUUCGGAAAUUUGAAACUGCGGCUUUGUAUACAUAUAGGUAUAGCAGGAUGGUAGUGGCUGCCCAUACAGUACAUUCGUGGCUAUUUUAAGAUGGAAGUGUUAGUGAUGACAAAUUUCUGUUGGUUUGCAUGGCUAUUUGUGCUGAGGAUAAGGCAAAGAUAUCAAAUAAAGUACCUCUGGCGUUGA